UUGGGACGUAACAUACGGGGUAGUGUCAUAACCCAUUUGGUCCAGCGGGGGAAAAGUCAACGAGAGGAUACCAGGGCAUGGGAUUUCUCCACUGAUGCAUGGAUGAAUUGCCUGCCUGCCUUUGCAGCCCCAAUUGUUCAAAUAGCAGUACCUAUCUUUUGCCUCUGAGCUGGCAGCACCUACUUCAUAUCUCACUGGCCCAGAGGGUCAAGACACGUUCUACCAGAAAGACGAAUCGUGGUCCGUGGACAUGUCCAGGCACCUGCAAGAAACAUCCUGCCGGAACCAUAUGUCGUUCGACUGUUCACAAGAGAUCUUCGUACUUUAUACGUGAGGUCGGGCCAUGCUAGUGCAGAUUACUGCUACGAAGUACUUGCUUCUGACUUCCACGGGGGACG